AAGCUCUUGUUUCUACUUCUGUUUAUCAUUAUGCACAGUGACGUGUAAGAACUCAUAUGCAAACACUUUUGCAUUUCUUCCUCAGUUGUUUUGUGUGCAAACACAGAGCGCACCUGUGGAUGUUACCAUUUCAGCAGGCCCCUCCCCUCCGCUGCACAGACGCUGUAAGGUGAAACCCUGAAAUUCAGCCUGCUUUGUUGUUUUCCCUUCAGAUCAGCCUUUUCUUUUCAAGGCAGCAAAGAUGAAAUAACCUUCUUUUUUUUUGUUUGUUUCUGGCUUGUUUGUGGUUUCGUUGGACUGCUUAUCCUGCAACGCAUGAAGUGCGAUGGAAAGAGAAGCAACUGACAACAGGCCUGAGCCAGGUCACAGCAGCGAGAGAGUUGACUCCUAUGGCUUUGAGAGACCUUGCGAUUUCGACUCCUACAAGGAGAUGAUGAAUCAGUAUGUGGGCGUCCUCAACAGGAGGUCUAUGAGAUGGUCGCGACUUCUCCAGCAGAAACCCGAGGUGGAGAAGAACCUGACAGUGAAGAGAUUUGUGCGUAAAGGUGUUCCCAGUGAACACCGGGCAAAGAUCUGGAUGGCGGCCAGCGGCGCUCAGCAGCAAAUGGAGAGUAAACCCGGUUAUUACCAGUCUCUGCUGGCCAUGGAGCACGACACCAAGCUGAAGGAAACCAUCCAUACAGACAUGCAUCGGACCUUUCCUGACAACGUCUUCUUCCAGAGCCAUGCUGAGGCGGGCCUGCAGAAGGUGCUGCACAACGUCCUGCUGGCAUACGGACACCACAAUCAGGCUGUGGGAUAUUGUCAGGGAAUGAACUUUAUUGCCGGGUACCUCAUCAUCAUCACCAAAGAUGAAGAAAAAUCCUUCUGGCUCAUGGAUGCUUUGUUAGGCAGAAUACUCCCCGAUUACUACAGCCCUGCUAUGUUGGGGCUCAAGACAGAUCUUGAGGUGUUGGGGGAGCUGGUGAAGGCCAAAGCCCCCGCAGUAGGACAGCUCAUGGCCCAGUAUCCGGGCAUAUGGACUUUGGUGGUGUCCCGCUGGUUCAUCUGUCUCUACAUUGACAUUCUUCCAAUUGAGACGGUUCUGCGGAUCUGGGAUUGUCUUUUCUACGAGGGAUCCAAAGUUCUGUUCAGAGUCGCUCUGACUCUCAUCCUUCACCAUCAGACGGAGAUUCUGCGAGCACGCUCCCUGCCUGACGUCUGUGAAUGCUUCAAGCAGAUGACCUGUGGAGCUUUCACCAUGGACUGCCACGCCUUCAUGCAGAAGAUUUUCACAGAACCCGGCAGCCUGUCGAUGUCAACUAUCCAAAAGUUGAGAGAGAAAUGCAGACAACAAAUCCUGGAAGAAGAGUCAAGACGACCAUGAAGUUCUCUAACUUUAUUUUUUUUGUUUUAAUCAAGGCCCCUCUUUCCAUCCCAUAAUCCAGUCAGACCAAACAACCACUGUGAUGGACUUGACCGUUUGGGGGCAACAUGCAGACAAUAACAUGGAGCCUCUGCAGUGGUUUAGACAAUAUCACUGUCAAGAAUCCAAAUAAGCAUCUAAAAACUGAAAUCACAUUUAAAUGUUAAAUAUAUUAUAUCUAGUUGGAAGAAACAUUGAAUUUAUUUAAUGUACAAAUUUGUUACCAUCUCUCUUCAUAGUAGGAACAAAUGAAAGUCUCCUGUGUUUGCUGUAAUUUGUCAGGUUUCACUAAAAAAUAAAAAAAGUACCUGAAUGAUGAAACCAAACAGUUUUCUAUGGAGUGGCAGGCAUCAAUAAAAAAAUUAAAGAAUUGCUCUCAAAAUUA